AUUGCAAGGAUAAAAUCUAGAAUUACCAGCAGCAGGACCAUGUGACAGCUGUGAAAGGUGGGCGUGGACUGUGAACAGCUACACACUCACAGACUAUGUGGGAAGAUGAAGGGAAGCGGUCAUAAUCGGCAUAUCAGCGCAGGUUGUCAGUCAGCCUGAUACAGCGAGGGGAACCCUACCGUCGCGGAGCGGAAAUAGAACUGGAUGACCAUAGCAGCCUGGCAAAAGUUUCAACAUUGAUCAAGACUGAUCACAGGAAGUACUGUGUAAUCCAAGACGGAACAACGCAAAUCACCCUGGAUUCACGAAUGCUCAAAGCAACCCUUUUAAAUCUGUAAAUGAUGACUACCCAUUGCAAGUCGGUCAACGUCAAUUCUAUGUUGUGUAAAUUAAGACUUUGCAACGUCAAUUCUGUGCUCAUGUAAAUUGAGACUACCCAAUGCAAGUUAGUCAAUGUCAGUUCUAUGUUCAUGUAAAUUAAGACUGGGCAAUGUCAAUUCUAUGCUCAUGUAAAUUAAGACUUUGCAACGUCAAUUCUGUGCUCAUGUAAAUUAAGACUACCCAAUGCAAGUUAGUCAAUGUCAAUUCUAUGUUCAUGUAAAUUAAGACUGGGCAAUGUCAAUUCUAUGCUCAUGUAAAUUAAGACUUUGCAACGUCAAUUCUGUGCUCAUGUAAAUUAAGACUACCCAAUGCAAGUUAGUCAAGGUCAAUUCUAUGUUCAUGUAAAUUAAGACUGGGCAAUGUCAAUUCUGUGUUCAUGUAAAUUAAGACUGGGCAAGGUCAAUUCUGUGUUCAUGUAAAUUAAGACUACCCAAUGCAAUUUGGUCAGCUCAAACCAUGUUUAAAUCGACUUCUCAACCCAAAGUCUAUUUAUGUCAAGACUUUAAACGAAAGCCCGGUUUAUAUCAAGAUUGGUCAAAGCUUUCCAAGGCUGAUCAACACGAAUCCUGCUGAAACGUAACGCGACACAAUGACAGCUGUUCGUUGCCUGUUCCUCUGCACGCGCAGGGUGCCCCGCCCCCUGGCGGCAAUGGCUGCGGUGGGGAUGAUAACACUAACAGUAUACUGUUGUACAACAGGCCACAAAGUCCAUCGGAAGUCAACUAGUGAUGAUGUAGCCAGAACGUCACAGAUACUGCACUGCAACGUGGUUGAUGGCGGCGCCUCCGUGUAUGCAGCGCGGCGACGUCGUCUGCAACAAGUCUGUGAGGGCAAUAAGGGAACGGGGCGGACGGAAAACAUCCUCGUCUACCGCAACAUGUCCUACGGUGUGGUACCUAAGGCCGGCUGCACGUUUUGGAUCCGCGUGUUCCGGUUCCUCCACAACGAUACCAGGGGGCGCAACCUUGACAACCCAUUCCAGAUGACGAGGUAUGAAGCCCAUGGUGGUCCCAGGAAGAUCAAGAUGUACAGACUUCAGAAAGAGGAGGACAAGCGUGUUGUCAUGGCAACAACACGUUUCAUGGUUGCGAGAAACCCAUUUACGCGAUUGUUCUCGGCUUACAUCGACAAGCUGUAUCUUCCUGACUACUGGUCCAGCGCCGGGAAGACCAUCGUCUCCCGCCGAGAGAAUGCAUCUUCUCGUAGUCUGAGUUGUGGACACGAUGUUUCUUUCACUGAAUUCCUUGGGCAUGUUGUGGAUGUCGGUGAACGUAAUGCGGUCUCUCUGAACGGACACUGGCGUCCGAUAGAGCACGCCUGUAACCCAUGCGCAUUCAAACCAGACAUAGUGGCCACACAGGAGACGUUCUCACGAGAUUCACGCUUCAUACUGGAGAGAUUCGGACUUGGACAUCUAUUACAGAACCAUUCUCGCAUAGAUCACGUGCUGGACGAGUUGACAAUACUAACCGACUGGAACUAUCGUCCUCAUGACAUGUGCCUGACCCGGAAGCAGUUAGCAGCAAGGUUGUGGAGAACGUUUCAGACCAAUGGCUACCUAACUCCUGGCUCGGAAGAACUUUUAGAAGCUGAGUCUUCAGAGAAUCUGACAAAGGACAAACUGAAGCAGCUUAUGUUCCGUUCCUAUCGGGAUUCCAUUUUGACAAAACAGGAGUCUUCCUCACAGAGGCGAUCCUACCUUAGACGGGCCUACGCCUCAGUACCACGGGGUAUACUUGACAGAGUGGUCAAACUAUUCAGAAAUGACUUCUUAUACUUCGACUACGACAGCUCUGUAGACACUCUUCUACAUAUGUGAUAAUGACUAUAUAAACUGCCAUGAUAGCGAAAAUGUAUUUGUGUUAUUGUUAUUAAAAACUUUUCUUCUU